AAAAUAAAAAGACUUGAGAUGCCCGCCGGUGGAUGCAGCCGUUGCACUGGGAUCACAUUUCUCCGCGGAUUCCGGUGGGUGGAUGUUUCCUUCAAGUUGGUUUGGCGACUUUCCACCAAGGCGCUUGCAACUAUCUACUACUCUACUUGGAUGGACCAUGCUGAGCCUGGUUCUGAGGAUGCAAGAACCGGAAACCAGGCCAGCCCUGAAAGGGAGCUAAGGACCAGAUCUCGGCUAGGCCUUUAUGCAUGGCGAAGCUCAAGGACUCAACGGGUGUCGAGUUUGCAGCUCCCGUUGACCGACUAAGAACCACUCAUCUCCCCGGAUCCUCGUCGUAGGGCUGUUUAAGAUGCCGGCCAUGGUCAAUCGUUCGCUGCACGGACGCUGUUGUUCAACCAUUCCGGGGGAGGGUUUUAUUGCUGGCAUUUGAAGUUGUAACCGACACUUGCCGGGGAGCAUAAACUGGGGCCCGUCUGGUACCUGCCAGCUGUCUAUCUAGCUUAUCUAACAUCUCGGGUUUUCACUACUAAGCAAUUCCCGGGUUGAAGUACUC